CGUUUGGUGUGCUUAGGAGUACCUUGAAGAAAUUGGACCAACUAACAAGCCACGCCGUGUUAUAGUCUCCAGCCUCCGGGUUUUUGCGUCCUAACGAGCCGUUAUCCUGUGGACACCCGCAUCCCACUCGACCCCGCCAUUAGGAUCCGUCCAUCAAUGACACUGAGACCUGAAGCAAAGGAAAUACGAAUUACUAGAACUCCAACGGCUCAUCUCCAACCCUCAGGUAAAACGCAGUUCGAGGCCAUCCCAUAUCAACAUCAGUGAACCUCUAGCUCCCGACGGGGUUUCUUGCUUGAGCUGUUUGAAAUAUGCAAUGUUAGCUGUCCCGAAAUAACCUCUCUCCAUUGACGUCGUCGUCAUGCAUGAGGCCCAGCUCUUAGAGUGCAGGGGAUAUCGGCUUCCUGUUUGCAGUCUUUACAACAACGCCACGUGGAGCCUAUGUGUGAGGCCCAUUGAUUACGAUGGCUGCUGCUAAGUGUGAUGGCGAGCUUGUCUUGAAAAGAUGAGGACCCCCGAGUGUGCCGACUAUCUCCAUACCAGAGCACUCGCCAUUUCCAGGGCAACGCUUCACCAUGCCGUCAAGCUGCUCUAGCUUAUCAUCAUUUGCAUCAACCCUUGACAGCUUUGAUUAUCACAAACCUGCUGUCAGCACUUCUCAUCCUAGGCGUGGUUGCGGGUCCGUCUGGAUUUUGGAACAGGAUUCUUUAAAAGACAUGCCAGCCAAUAUCCAGGUCAUGCAGGCCACUGGGUGUACGAACGCCGAAGCGGUCAGGUUACUGGAGAAAACAAAUGGCAACAUCCACAAGGCCGUUGCCUGUCUGCCCGGUAAAGACGAAUGGGAUUUCAACCUUCCUCGAGUAAAGGUACCCGAAAAAUCCAGCAGCGCCAUGGACUAUGAGGAUGGCUUCUCCGCCCGCUAUCGCACGAAUUUGCGGUGUUAUGAAUUUACCUCUACGGAAAGUAACGGGCACGAUACCGACGACCUUAGCCUAGAUAAGCUGGUUGCCGAUGUUCAACGUGGCGUAUCCUGUACGGUGAUUCGCAGUCAACUUACACGCUUUCGGGAGCGAAUGGGGCCUGACAAGACUUGCCAACUGUUGAACGGUCUGGUUAAAGGAUUUCCUGGAUUGUUCUACGUUGUCCAGAGUCGGAAUGUUGAGAUGGUAAGAAUGUGGGCAGAGUACGGAGGCGACGUCAACACUACAUACGGAAAAAGUAAGUUUCCCCUCAUUGCCUACGCUAUCAUCCUCGGAACGUCGUAUGAAACGGACACGACGGCGCUUCUCAAAGCACUUUUAAGUGCUGGCGCAUCUGUGGCUUGCAUUCCCGAAGCCUUCCACACGCCUCUCUCGCGAGACCUUAUGGAUGAUGGUCCUCCGAUUGAAGAGUCUGGUGAGAUAGCUGGUGAACAUCAGAAAUGGUGUAGCCCCUAUGUGCGGAAGCGACUGACGGAUACUCUGAACUUCCGCUUUGAGCAACGAUACUUUCUUCAUCGCGCCGCUUUUCUGGGGCGUUUAUCAGGUGCAAAAAACCAGGUAGCCAAGUUUCACAAAGCUGGGAAUCUACUGGGCAUCUACUACAACCUCAUAGGUCAAACAGCCGCAAUUACCCAUGUUAUCGAUCACUUAAUAAGUGACUUUGCGCUUCAAAAGCAGAAGCAGGAGCAGAAGGAGGAGCAGAAAUCGAAACCGGUGGUCCUUCUAUUUGCCGGGCCGAGCGGACACGGCAAAACCGAGUUUGCUCGCAGUCUUGGAAAACUUAGCUCUAGAGACUUGGAAACGGUCGAUUGCACCAGUAUGCGAUAUAAGACAGAUCUCUGGGGUCCUUUUCACCCAUUCCAAGGGUGGGAAAACGGCUCUGCCCUCAGCAACUUUCUGGAGAACCACACCUCCCAGGAGUGCAUUGUCUUUCUGGACGAGUUCGAAAAGACAAAAGAAGAAGUACGAGAGUCGCUCCUCAAACCCUUCGAUGAAGGCACCGUUCCCAGCCGUAAAAACCCUCAAGUCAAAUUUGACUGUUCGAAGACCACCUGGAUCCUCGCAACAAACGUGUUUGACAACAUAAUUCAUGACUUCUGCAAGAGGCACGCAAAGGACCUGUUUUCGGACAAGCCAGGAGAAAAUGAAAAGAAGCUUAUCAGAAAACUCUCGAAGAUGAUACAGAAAGAGAGCAUACAGAAACUUGGAGCACCACUUUCUGGACGAAUUGCCGAAUUUGUCCCGUUUCUGACCUUCUCACAUUGCGAGCAAGCUGCAAUGGCGGACAGACUUCUCGCGGAAUUCGGUCGUGAGAUAAUUCAACCAGUCAAGGAGAGCACCGUACCAAGCCAGGCUCGGUUGGUGGGGGACAUUAACGUCCAAGUUCGACGCAGCUACUCGGUUUGCAGAGUGUUGGCGACGGACGGCUACAUCCCGGAGCUGGGGGCACGGAGCAUUGCCAAUACGGUUACCCGGGACAUCAGCCUUGCCGUGGUGAACGAUUAUCUUGAUAAGAGAGAGCGGGUUCACGAGAACCAGGGGAGAUGUACAUAUGUCGUUGGCGUAAACGAGGAUGAUAUGAUUGAUGUGUCGGAGGCGCCGUCGAACUGAAGGACAUACGGUAUUAUGGAAGAGGUUGUUUAGCUACUUAUUGGGAGAGACUAGAAUGGAAGGAAAGGGGAAGGAGCAAUGGGGGACAC